CUGAGAAAUUGUCGAGCAUGGCCUAUUACAGACUAGAUUAUGGAAGGUAGAAGGUACAUUUUUACCUGUCACUCUAAUUACGUCUUAUUGAGAGUAAAAGAGAAAGAUUCCCGCAAUUUGCGAGAUUUGGUUUUCGCGGUAACUGUUCCUUGCCUCUACCUUCCAUAGACUAGAUAUUCUGGAUAUAGAUAACAAAAUUAAGAAAUUUAAGAAAAUGUCUUCUGUACCCGACAGCAAACCUCAAAAUAUUAAUAAUUCCACUAUACCCUCAAAACACAGCAAGAAACGGAAACGUAGAAACAAAAAUAAGAACAAAAACAAACAGUCUGUCGCGAAGACAAAGAUUUUCAAGUACAAAUCUGUGAACAAUAGUGCAUUUAAAUUAUCUAAACUAAUGGGUACCAUGUCGUCUUGGGCAGAGCAUUUUACUUUUGCAAGUACUUGGCAAUUGAAACACCAGAUGGCUUACUGGAAAGCAAAAGCAAAGUCUUUAGAGUAUGAAAAUAGUGUUCUACAUGAUAUAAUUCGCAAAAAUCAGUAUUUAACUCGUGGUGAAAACUCGUCUACAUGUAAAAUUUCAGGAUCUGAUGUAGACAGAGAAAAUCAUGAAGAUGAAGAAGAGUUUAACGAGAAUGAAAGGCAUAGUCCAGUAAGAGAAGGUAAAUUGGGAAAAUGGCAAGAUGCAGGAAGUACUAACUCUCAAACUAUGUUAGUGGACGUGCAAUCAGAAACUGAGGAAGAAGAAGACAGUUCAGAUGAUAAUCAGGAUUUAGAAGUAAGUGAAGAAUUCCUACAGUUUUUGAUGAUUAAUGCCAAACACAAAGAAGAACUGAGGUUAGAGCGGGAACAACAAAAAGCAGCACAAGAACAAGCAGAGUUAGAAGAAAGAGAGGCUCAGUUGAAAGUGCGACGGCACUACGGUUUAUCAGCCCAAGAUCUUUAUGGAGACAGAUGGCAGAAAACUGCAGGAAUAGAGAUGUCCAUGAAAUGUGAUUAUAUGUCAGAUAUUGACAAAAAUACACCUGCAUUCUGGCCUGUAAUACCAUUUAAUUUUAAUUCACAUUAUACUUACUUUAAUCAAACUUAAGUUAAUGGCAACUUGUAGGGGUUAUUAGAUCUAUCCAAACACUAAACACUUGCUGAUAUCUUGCUGCUUAGAGUGACAGGGAAACCAUUCUCAAUCACUCUCAGCAGAAAGUCUCCACCGACUGCAUAGAAUUAAAAACCCUUUGUAUCUAACUGUUCCUCCUGUAUUAGUGAAUGUGAAUUUUGAGCAAAGAAAUAAAUAGUCCAUGGUGUUUGUACAUUUUACCUAACAUCAAAUGAGGUAGUUCUGUUUAUUAAUAUGUUGGUAGUGAUGAAAUGGUAAUAACAAAUCCAAGUUUUCGACCUCGAAAGCCCUUAGGACAAUUGUAAAGUACAUGAAAAUCCAUAAAAUUUUAUGACUUUUUCAGUUUUUGUAAAAAAAAAUCCACCGAGAACCAGAGUUCCGGCAAAAGUCACUAUGCACUCUUUCAAGAAGAUGAAAUUUGCAAUUAAUUGACAAUAGUCUUAAUAGUCUUAGUGAGCCAAAUAGUUUCUAUGGCUUCUCAAAGGUUUGCAAAAUUUUGAACUAACUGUAACUGCAAAAAGGUUGUACCAGCAGUUGUGGUUGCAAGGAAGCAGGACUUAAAUGCUCAGCUGUUUGCAACUACAGUGUACAGAUGUGUGCCGACAUUGAAAAACCAUUCAUUGAUGAUCCACCAUCAGAUGACGAUUUCGACCUGCCUGAUCAGGUUGACGAAGAAAUGCUACCACAUAUGCUGGGUGCAAAAGAAGUGCUGUGGAUUCAAAGGACAAGCGUGGUCCAUCCAAGAUAUACAAAAGAUGCGAGUUAUAACAAGUUCCCUUACUGUACUGUAUAUUAUACACGCAAUGAUCCGAAGGGCUUUCGAGGUGGAAAACUUGGAUUUGUCAUUACUAUUUCAUCACUAAUCACAUAUAUAAAAAACAGAACUACCUCAUUUGAUUUAAGGCAACACCUCUUUAUUGGUUUGAUUUCUAUGUAUUAAAAUAGGAAAUUGUAAAUAUCUUUUAUGGCCAUCCUAUUAUGCUUAUUGUAAUGAGUAAUCAAAUGAAAUGUUUUUUGAAGUAAAUAUACUGGAAUGGUAUUUUUCUAA